UCGACGCAGCUCAGUCGUAUUUCUCAAACCUAACAACUCACAACUCAACUCAUCUUCUUCUUCUGUUCCUUACCUUCUACUUUUCUUCAAAGCCGAUUUUGUCAUCGAUCCCCAAGUCAGAGAUUUUCCUCUGUAAUUUAUUCCCUUUCAAAAAUUCAACUUCUCAAUUGUUUCCUUCAUUCAUUCCAGGCAUUCCAAUUUCAAUUUAUUAUUAAUUUAUAUUCUUCUUCUUCGACUGCUUGUUCUAUCUGGGCUUAGGGUACUUGGAUGAACCUGCGCCGUCAUAAUUGAUUUAGCCUGGAGAAUUGAAAUUACAUAUUCCUCAGCUGAUUAUUUUCAACUGGGUUAUUUUCCUACCCUACUAUGCUAUCUCCCCAGAAAAACCCAACUGGGGAUUCGCAACCUCCGCCGGAACAGCCACAAUUAGCUUCAAAUGCUAAACCCGAGAACCCUCCAUUCUUUUUAAGACAGCAUGUUCUCGCUUGUCGUCAGAGGGAUGUCAUCUCUAACUGGCCAUUUCCGAAGAAAUAUUUGCAUCUGUGUCUCAGUUACGGUAUCAAGGAGGUGUUGCCACCCCUUGAGUCCCAUAAAUCAGCUCUGCAAUCAAUUAGAGGAGUUGUAAGUUCUAAUUGUGCUCAGCAAGAAGAUAAGGCUGAUGAUCUCUUUCAGAACAAGUCAUUGGGUACUGUUGUGCCAGAGAAUGAACGUGAAUGUGUAUUGAACACUGAACCAUCACUAUCAGAAAUUUCGAUCCAGUAUUGCCCUUCUUCUCCCCCAAAUAGAAGUCAUGAGCGUGAACAAAAUGAGACUAAUUUGAGUUCUGAAGUUGCUUCCAGUUCCAUUUUCAUAUGUUCAACAGGUCAGCCUUCAGCUACAGUGUCAAACUCACGAAGGAAGAAGAAGAAUGGUUUUAGUCCACAUAUUGGUUCCAGUUCCAGUGUCAUAGUUUCAACGGAUCAACCUUCAACUUCAAUACAAACUACAACUACGUUGAGUUCUAUUAGGCAGCAGAGUCGUAAGGAAAGACGGCGUAAUGGAAAGCUGAAGAAGCGGACGAUGGCUGCUAUUUUAGAUGUAGCUAAGCCAUCUACAUUAGAAGAUCUUCUUAGAAUUAAAAGAUUGUGCUGUGUUUCUGGUGACCCUUUUGAGCUGGAUGGUGAAGAAAAGAAAUGUAUCAUUGAUGAUGAAAAUAAUUGUGAAUCUGACCUAACCAAGGAUAACUCGAUUGAAAAACUUGAAGAGGAGUGUGAAGCUGCUAAUCUCAGUACGCAAUCCAGACAAAGAUUGGUGGUGAAGUUCAACUUUAGCGGAUGCAAAUCCAAUGUCUAAAACAAGAAUGAUACAACUUGGACUACUAUGGAUGGAGGUUUAGGUAGAACAGUUAGUUUUAAUGGCUGUUUUGGGACAUUGAAGAAGGGUGGCUUACAUAUAUACAUGAAGCUGAGCUAAACCAGCUACUUUUUUUGCCACAAAUUCCGUAGAACCUGAAUUUUCCCCGUCAGGAUGAUAAAAGCAAAAAAGAAAGUAGUUGGUGUUUGCUGAAGAGGGACCAAACACAGAGAUACAGAGAGAAAGACAGACGGAGAGAGCUAGCGGUUAUCUCUGUCAAGUGUAUGAGGAUAUUUCAGGGAUUCCUUGACUGAAUAUACAUGAAUUUGAGUAAAACUUUACGUGAAUGAUGAGUUGGUCACUCCUGUGAUCUAAGUAUGCUACCUUAGGAUGGUUUCUUAUUGCUAUGGAAAUUCAUGUUGGGUAUUAAUGCCGUAUGAUGAUCUUAGUUUGUCCAGACUGCCUCUUUGACCAAGGAUGUGCUUGAAGAUCUUGGACAACAUUCUUGUUUACAGAUGACCACACAAUUGUUCAAGCUGCUACUUGGGAUGUCACUGUUAGCGUCACCUCUAAAUGUUGCAAAUUACAAAUGUUCAGAAGUUGGAAGCCUCCGUUGUACACCCAGUUCCUCGGUUCCUGAUGUUCCUAUUAUUGCUUAGGGAUAUUGUCUGAUUAUGACAUUCUUAAGGUUCAAGAGUUGCUGAGGGACCAUCCCAGGUUUGCUCUCAAAGUUGACCUCAUGAAAGCCUGUAUGGAGACUUUAUUCUAAGCAGUUUUGGAUCUUUCAUAUUUUUCGUUAAAUUUUGUUUGCCUGUAUCUGUCAUAGCUACAGAAGUUCUCUGAAGAGAAAAUUUUACAUGUGACUAAUAAGCCGUAAAUGUAAUUUUUAGAAAUAGAGUA